AUGGUUUUGGAUAUAGACCUUUUUCGAGUCGAGAAAGGGGGCAACCCAGAUCUAAUCAGGGAAAACGAACGGAAAAGAUUCCGAGAUGUUCAGAGGGUUACAAACGUUGUCGAAUGUGAUGAAAGUUGGCGUAAAGCUCGUUUCAUGGGCGAUUUGUACAAUAAGAUCAAGAACUCAUGCAGUAAGGUCAUUGCCAAGAAGCCAAAGAAAGUUCGGGUUCUUCACCGGAAGGACUACUUGACCAAUUCUCGGUUACGGAGGAAAGUCUAUCGCGAUAACGAGGUGAGUGUCAACUGGGAAGUGCUGACAAAACAAUAUUCACACGUGGACCUCGUGGUCAUGGUGGAUGGUUUUGAUGGCGAACGCGGCACUUCGGUCGCUGGAGGUCGCGGUUACUUUCUAAAGGUAAGUUACCUGCUUGUACAAAGUGAGUCAGUUAAAAUUUUUCUCCCACUUUUUCUCACUUUCCAUUGCCGCUCAUUUGUGACUGGUCGUCGUGAGGCUAUUGGACCGGUGGAGGAAAAAUAUUUGAUUGCCACAUCCGAGCAACCGAUCGCUGCGUUCCAUCGCAACGAAUGGUUAGCCACCGAUCAACUCCCCAUUCGUUACGCUGGCUUGUCUACAUGUUUUCGGCAGGAAGUCGGAAGCCAUGGUCGUGAUACUCGAGGCAUAUUCCGUGUACAUCAGUUUGAAAAGGCAAGUUUCUCAUGUGCUCUGGGCAUUCCGUAUCGGAUCGUGUCGAUUGUAUCUGGUGAAUUGAAUAACGCGGCUGCAAUGAAGUAUGACCUGGAAGGCUGGUUCCCCGGUUCAGGCGCUUUCCGAGAGCUUGUUUCCUGUAGCAAUUGUACGGACUAUCAAUCACGCCGACUCGCUAUUCGUUACGGUCAGACAAAGAAAAUGAACAAAAACGUAAGUGCUUUUGUGCACCCUCAUCAUCUCCACUGA